AUGCCAAUACGGCCGACCAGCGACAAAGAGGUCGAAGCAGUCGACCUGGACCGCUUAUUCGAACAAUAUGUCGAGACAGAUUUACUCAAUCAUUUCAAUGACCGCACGCCGAAGCAAUCCACUUCAGAUAAUACGACGCAUCAUUUCGAAUCGUCUUUGUCAAAUGGAAGCGAAUGCUUUGGUCCUGAGCCUAUACUCGAUCGGGAAACACAGGCUGCUUGGCACAAGGCUCUCGAAAACCAAUCGUCAAGACGCAAGUCCAACCAUUCUUCCCAGCAGUCCUCACGGCAGACGAGCGUGAACGGUGGCGGUGUCGGCUUCGUCAACUUCACACCAGACGACAGCCGCAAAAUCCUCACAGGUGUCGCACCCAGCGGUUCCAGCAAGACAAAGGCACGACGAGAGAAGGAAGCCGCCGAUAAGCGCAGGAAGCUUAGUCGAGCGGCUAUGAAGGCUGUUAUAGAGGCCGGUGGUGAUAUCGACAGUCUGAGGAGGUUGGAGAGGGAGGGGCUGCUGGUCAUGGAAGGGUGA